CCAGCUUCUUAAGUAUUCUUUCAUUGCACACGAUGGAAAAACCUAAGAAGCUGGAAACGAGUUUGUUCACAAGAAGGAACUUUUGAAUUUGCAUAACUCUUUUUGCACUUACUUCUUUUUACUUUAGUGGAACAGAAUAUGCUCAAGCGACUUGGUUUAAAGGAAUCUGCAGUAACACAAAUGAAUGAAGAACUUACGCCAAAAGAUUUCAUCGAUGAUUUCGAGUUGGAGGGCGAUGUACUUAACAUGGAGACGGAACGGUUGCGUAAAUACUUUGAUACCGAAGCAUGGGAAAUUUUGCGAAAGAAGGUGGAAGAGCUCAAAAAUGAUUGGAGUUGUCUGGUAUGUAGGGAACCAAAAUACACCAACAUGAUCGCUUGCGACGGAUGCAACAUUUGGUUUCAUUGGGAAUGUGUCGACUUUGAAAGCGAGAAAAGUGAAGAGAUAUGGAGGUGCGAGUGUUGUAGUGAAGCUGAAAAAGUACUGUCAGUGUCACAAUAAUGUUGAAAAACGUUGAAGGAGAAUACCUUUAAAACUAGUGUUAUUUCUUCACCUUUAAACUUUGUUAACUUUAUAAAUAUACAUUGAACGUUAUAUUUAACGUGUUUUAUUAUUUAUGUACAAUAGUUCUGCAUAAUAUAUAUCAUGCAUAGUA